GCUUUGGUACGAGAGGUAACUGCGGGAAAAAUAGAAGGGACAGUGUUAUCAGUUUCACUUUGGUGACGUGCUGUAGUGUGUAAAUAGCAAAUAGCUUUAUCACUACCAAGUUGAUAAACGCUCAUUUAGUCGCGAUUGUGCCAAUAAGCCAAUACUACAAAUCUGACAAAGCUACUAAAGUCUAUUAAAUUCUGUUGUUCUUAAUGUCAAUAUAAAAUUGUAGGCUUUCGAACACAAAAAUAUAAAAAUGUUCAGUGGUUUCCGUAAGCCUUUACGUUUGCGUUGGCCUAAACUGGAGCGGGCCAAGAAAAGAAACAAAGAGGAGAGGGAGACAAUGAUUGUCUUCGUCUAUGACACAGAAUGUCUCAAGGACGAAGCAGAUGAUCCGGUGAAAGCAGUUCUCUACUUUCACCCAAGUUGGGUAUCAGACACACAGAAAGUGGCGCUUUGUGGGCAACUAAUGGGUACAUCGUACUUCCUAAAAGACUGUUUCUGCAAACCGAAAAUUAUGGCUUUGCAAAACGGUAAAUUUGUGUUAAAGGAAUUUGGUAGAUUUACCUUGGUUGUCGGCACAGACCGCAACAUCUCAGAUUACUUACUCGAAAAACGUGCUGAUUUGCUUGCCUCUCUUGUGAAAUUCUUCCAUCGUGAUUUGCAAAGUCUCUUCGAUCAGUUUCCACAACAAGUGCAAUAUAAGAAUCUCUCCGAAAAGCUAUAUCACAUUUUCGAAACAUAUCUGCCGAUUUUGCAACGUAACGGACAUAUUUUCCAAAACGUACCCAAGCUGCGUAUGCCGAAGACGGCUAGCAAUAUAUUUUUGGAUGCCAUACAAACAUUACAGUGCUGUCAGCAGACCACGGGCAUAUUGGGCGGCGCCGUACUUUACCAUAACAAAGUGGUUGCGUCUCAAUUGGGCGAUACCAUAACUAAGCAGCUUGUUUUAACUGAUCCGUUGCACAUACGAACUACCGCCGAACAGAUAUACAUAACUGAUUUUCACAUACCCAACGGCGUACAAAUGCUAGUGGUUUAUGUGGAUGUGCCACAAUAUAACCGAUUAGCAGCAGAUGCGCAGCGCGCUCAAACUUUACAGACCACACAACUGUCACAGGGUCUGUUUCCGUUUCAGUAUGCAAAGCGUAAACUGAAACGCGAUAAAUCGUUAAUUUUCACCCACAUACCAGAGGAGAACAGCACAGCCGGUGGUGUGGCAGGUGAACUUGCGGAGGAGGAGAAGGAGGUGGGGCAAACACUCACUGCAGUACGUUCAAAAUCAAUGCUGAUACGCCCCACACACUUGCCUUUGCGUGUUCGCAACGGUAUGGGCAGUUCGAAAGAGCUGCCUGAAUCAGGCAUUGCUUCGAUAAAUUUCGAUGAGACUGAUUCGUAUCCGGAAUUUAUUGGGCGUACUAGUGUUUGUUCCACACCAAUGACUGAGAAUAAAGUUCUGCAAGUAGGGAACAUUAUGUCCAUCUGUGCUAAUCCAGAGGAUGAGAGCAACUCGAAUAAGCAGAAAAUACAAGGUGCCAACCGACGGAAUUCGGUAAAAUUUGACUUUGAGAAAUUCUUUCAAAAUUUUAUUGCUAAUCCCAAUAAGCAAAUGGAGCGGCGCAACUCUUUCACCGACUUGCAAGAUUCACUCAAAAAGAUCUCGAAGAAAUUAUCACUCAAACAAUUUUCGCAUAGCUUUAAGACUGACGUCAAUCGCAAUGGCAGCAUUAGCGGCAUUGAGGCCAUGGAAUCUCCGGAUUUUAUCGAGAAUGACGAUGAUGUUGAAGCGGAGCAAAAUUCCGACAACUCUGAUGAGAAUAAUCGCACAUCCCGCACCAUAACCGAUCCCACCUAUCCCGUUUUCAAUGAGAAUGGUCAACCAAUUUCGCGUAGCCUCUUUCAAGAGUUCAUAGAAAAAUACUAUCGCUUGUGGGCGGAUAAUGGCAGCGGUAGUGGCAGUGCCAAAAAGGAGGUAGAAAUCGCACAACUCAUUGAAGAAUUCACGGAGUUCGAUAAAGAGCUUAAAAAACUAGACGAAUCGCUGUGCCGUCAGGAUCUCGGCGAUAAUUGCAAUAGCACACAACUCAAAACCGAUCGUAACUUGAAUACUGAACCAGCCACCGUGAUGACAAAAGCGAAAACACCAAUUGAUAAGAAAUUACUUAGCCUGCCACUGAAGCCACUCGCCGAUGUAACAGCCAACAAUGAGCGUGAACCACCAUUUGUUAUAGCGAAUCGUAAGCAAACUGGUGGUGUGCCACUCACACCGCUGAUGGCCAAACUCUCUGUGUUGGCGUUGAAUGAGGAGCACAGCGGCAGCGGCGCUUGGGAUGUCAACGCUGUGGAAAUACAAACGCCACUAAAUACGUCUAAAGUAUUCUCGCGUCGCAACUCCUUGAUAUGUGACGACGCUGUAGAUGCCUUAGCGACAUUUUCUACAAACACACAGUCCACAAGGAAUGGUUUGAAGCGACUGGAGUUGUACAUGUGUGGGCAGCAAAAUAUGACCCUGCUGCUGUUAAUGGAGGAGGGAACGGCGUGCCAGCAGCCCGUUGUGCAGAAAAUGUUCGAUGUUUGUGUUGCUAAAUUUCCGCAUAUGGAAUCGCAUUUAAAUCAAACACUCAAUGUCAAUGUGGAAGGCGAUAAGCGUGACGGCGCCUACAGUUUCAUGAGCAUCGAUGCGAAAUGGGAUACGUUGGAGCGUAAUGGACCAUGGAAUCCGAUGGAAUUGAAUAUACUCGAAUGUAUGCAUCAAGAUUUGCAGCCGAACGAUGAGAUCUCUGACUUGAUUUUGAGAUCACACGAUGCAGUCUACUAUGGCUACAAGUCUGGUCGUUCUGAAUUCUUUUACAAAGAAGCCGCACAUUCCACCAACGGCAUACCGCCACCCUCCGAUCCUAUGGGCAAAGUAGCGAUGCGCGCCAAAACGCAUCUGGAACGUGAUCAUUCAUACAUUUUAUUUUAAACUCGAUAAACGUAUUUCCGAAAGUAAGGUAGCAAAGUAUUGUUUGAAGGAAUGUAUUAUGCUUAUUUUUAUAGUAGUGAUAUUUAGAAAACUAGACUAGAUUUACUAUUAAUACUAUUAUUUAUUACUAUUUAAUAGCAGUAGCCGCAGCAACAACAAAAAUAUGUUUCACUUAAACUCAUUAGUGCGCCACUAGCCCAGCGCCGGCAAUUCUAAGUAAAUACAAAAUAUUUUAUCUAUUUUUGUCUAUAGUACUCAAAACUUAAAAAUUAAAUGUUAGACACGAAGUAAAAAAAUCUUAAGAGUGUAGCUGUUGCUUUUUGUGAACACGACUAAAACAUAUUCAAUAUUGUUAUUUAAAAGGCGCAUGCAAGACAGGCAAUUUACACUAGGGAUGUUUUCUGUCGCUUCAACAACAACAAUAGUAUAUUAAUUAUGAAAAAAGUAUUUUAUAAUAGAAGUAAAAGAAUAUAAAGGUUUUUUGAGAUAUGAACAUUUUUCCUUUAUAAAAAAUUUAAGUUCGCAGCGCAAAAAGUUAUGCUACAUUUUUUUGUAAAGAACAGAGAAUAGAAGAGAUUUGUUGAUUUUUAUUAACAUUUUAUUAUUUACCUAUUAAAGUUUUAUGUCAAUUUAUACCAAAUUUUUUUUACAAUCGAACAUUUAUUAAUUUUGGUAAUUUUGUUUGCUUAACACCUUUUAAAAAUAAUAUCUUAGCAUUUGAACUACUAAAACUACGCGAUGGCGCCUAACAGUAUACUCUUUUUAUUAAAACACUCUUCAUCCUUUCGUGCUCAUAAUAUCCCAAUGUAACAAAAGCGACGGCUGUGCAGUCGCUUUCAGACAAAUGUAACACAUUUUUUUGGUAAACAUUUUUUUAGUAUAUAUUUAUAUGUUUAUGGAAUAUCUACACUUAAGUCCAAUUUACACAGUUUAAAAUUUUGUUAACUAUAGACUAAGAUUUUUAGAAAUUUUUUUACUCCUUUACGCUAAUAGCCUCCAUAUAUAUGUACAUAGAAUAUGUAAAUGUAAAAAUACUGCACCAUUUUUUUGUGCAAUACCUCUACAUAUUCUUGCUGUAAUUAUUUUAUUAUAACUCUAUUAAGGGCAGUAGGGAGAGAGAUGAGAGAAACGAGUGCAGUUUUUAGCUUGAAAUUUGUACCUUGAAAUUGUCCAUAAAUGCUUUUUGCAAAAAGGGAAGACUUGCAACAUAUAUUGUUAGAAUCUCAUAAUACUACCGUGAUCAAAUUGAAAGGUGGGUUUUGUCCAUUUCAUUUCCUUCAAAGUAAUCCCCUCCCGCUGAAAUACACUUACGCCAACGAAUGUUCCAGUCAUCAUAGCACUUGGAAAAAUCCUCCGUCGUGAUGACCAUCACGCCUUCUUCGAAUCAGCUUUAAAUCCUCAAUUAUGUAAAAACGGUGUCCUCGGAGUGGUCAUGUGAAUUAUGCUGAAGUUACACGAAGGUAAUUCAGGCGAAUGCGGUGAUUGCGGCACGAUAUUAGUUGAAAAUGUGACGACAUGAUCCCAAAUAACCUAUGCAGUAUGAGAUGGUGCAUUAUCCCACAUCUUUGUUCAAUAAAUUCAGACAUAGUAAAGAUCGAAGAAUUCACGCGUAUAUCAAAUACUAAUGAAUAUUUUGACGUGAAAUUUAGCAAAAAAAAAUUAACCGAUUCGUAUAACACACGAAGUAGAAAUUAAAAAGUCACCUUUCGAUUUGACCACAGUAGUAUGAUUUUAAGAGGUUCUUACUGUAAACACAUAAGUACAUACACAUACAAAAAUAUAUAUUUUAUAAAUAAGAAAUCACGUUCCAGAAAAUUUAAGGUGCCAAUUACACAUUCCAUUCCAUUUCAUUAAAUUAAAAUUAAAUAGUAAUUGCAUAAGUUUUAUUGAAUAUGGAGCCCAGUGGCGUAUACCAUAGAUAUAGUAAUGCAUGCACUUAUACUUAUCUGGGGUUCAGCACCUUGCGGAAGAUUUCUUUUGUAAUGGCUGCGCUGAAAUUUUAAACAAAAGAAAAUAAGAAGUGCUGCGGGCACUUCUUCAUAUUUUUGUUAUUUAUCCUUUAUCAAAAAAUAUUGACAAAAAUAAUAUAAUAGUCUUUGCCAACAGCUUAUGUAAUGGAUUUAUUUUUAUUACUAUCCUCAUUAAAGCUCAUUGCUUGUCCGAACGCCGCCCGCAACGCCGUUCAAUAAGUUGUAAGGACAUAAUUAUUAACAAGAAGAGAAAACGAAAGGAAAAUAAAAAGCGUGAACUGAAAGAUUUGACUAUAAUAUGUAGUUAUGAUUAGUGUUGAUGUAAGACUUAUAAAAAGUCAGUUUGGGGCUUUCUGUGAGAUAGGUGUUACUUUUCAGUAAACAAAAAUAGAAAAGAAAUCUGAAACAAUUAUUUUAGCGUCAAUUUUGUAUUACAACAUAUUACUUUUACCUCAGCGUUUUGAUUGUCAAAUAUGACAAAUCGCCAAUAUAUAUACAUAUGUAUUUUUUGAAAUCCACGACAGCUAAUGUUAUACCUAUAGUUUCCGGAUGCGUUUAGAAGUGUACAAAAUUCUGUUUGAUAUAAUUGAAAUAAUUUCUCCGAUGGGACUGUAUUUUUAAGAUAUUGAUCUUUGUUUUAUUAACAUUAAUGUGGUGAAAAUGUGAAACGCUUUAGUUUCGAGCUAAAACCGCUUAAAGAAAAUGUUUGUUUCUUCUUUAUAAUUAAAUUGAAUUUUAUUACAUUAA